CAAGCGCAGAUCCUUGGGUCCAUAUAUGAAAGCUGAUAGAUUACCUUGAGCCAUUGUUGUGUUGGAUGGGGUGGUUUAUUAAGUGGUUAAAGGUGAACGAAGGUGGCAACGGGAAAUCUGAAGAACUUAAAAGCCAUCGGGAUAAAGAAAUCGUCUUGGACUUUGACUGCUGUUUUCCUUUUUUGAGUUCAAUCAAUCCCCGCGUAUAAAGUUUAGGUAGAAAAUGGUACUUUUUCCAAAUCCAUCACUUUUACUCUUUCUUUCAUGUCUUCAUCUCAUCUCGCUCUUUUUAGCCUGCACGGUAAAAUUGCCGCAGUUAGCGGAGGAACCCGAGGUAUUGGAAAAGCCAUGGCCAUCGCUCUUGCUGAAGCCGGUGCAGACAUUGCUCUCUUACAGCGUGAUGUGGCCAAUACUGAAGUCAGGGAUGAAAUCCGGGCUCUGGGAAGAAAGUGUGAGGUCUUGCAUCUUGAUAUCGCAGACCAUGAGUCGUGCACUAAGGCCAUCCCUGCUGUUUUGGAAACGAUGGGAGAUAUUGACAUCUUGAUCAAUAACGCUGGUAUUCAAAAGAGACACAAAUCUGUCGAUUUCCCUGAUGAGGACUUUAACACCGUCUUGCAAUGCAAUCUCAAGUCAGUGUGGACUCUCAGCCAAGCUGCCGGUAGACAUAUGGUCCAGAAGCGAUCGGGAAAGAUCAUCAAUACCGCUUCUCUACUUAGCUUCCAAGGCGGUAUCAACGUACCUGCUUAUGCAGCCGCAAAAGGUGCUGUUGCCACCGUUAUCAAGGCUCUGUCAAAUGAGUGGGCGUCUCAGGGUGUCAACGUGAACGGUAUCGCUCCAGGAUACAUUGAUACGGAUAUGAACAGUGCUCUGAUGCAAGACCAGACCCGCUACCGACAACUUCUAGAACGUAUUCCCCAAGGCCGAUUUGGAACCCCGGAAGACUUCAAGGGUGCUGUGGUAUACCUUGCCAGUAACGCAAGCAAUUACGUGAACGGAGAAAUCCUUGUUGUUGAUGGAGGCUGGAUGGGCCGAUAAAUAUGCCCAAUUCCAUUAGGCGAUCAUCCCAAUAAAAUUAAUAUUAGCAGUCUCAGGCAGGCAGACAGACACGCAUUUAA